CGUGCGUCACUGGCUUUGAGUUUGGGUUUGUAACGGGAAGUGCUGUCUGCGGUGUGUGGAAUGCGAUUAUUACACAACCUACAGUUAGUGGGAUUUAGCGCCACUGAACCGCUGGCGGGGAAAUGCGGCCCGGAGGAGGUAACUAUGAUGGGUCUAAGUUCCGAAGAGCAGAAGCUGGAAGUAGAUCUUAAGAGUAAAUCUGAACGGGUCCGAAGGAAUUUAUUUGGUCCCGUUGAUCACGAGCAGCUGCAGCAAGAUUUUCAGCAUUUACUGCAGGCAAAUAUUGAAGCUGCCGGACAAAGGUGGAAUUAUGACUUCGGUAAGGAAAUUCCGGCAGAAGGAACCCUUGAAUGGGAAGAACUGAAAUGUCAAGAAGUCCCAGCUUUUUACAGGAGCCGCGUUGUCAACAAAGCAAAGCACUUGUGCGGACUGCAGGGAGCUUGCGUAAAGAGCAACUCCGAUCAGCCAGCGCCUCCCAGCAAGGAUAUGAAGACACAGGUGACUCCUGAGCCCAAAAGAAGGCGGCAGACCUGCAUAACAGUGCAUCAAAGCUGUGAGUUCAUUGUGCUCCGCAGUGGGUUCCUUCCUCUUUAUGGGAUUAUUUAUGUUUGCCCAGAUUACUAUCCCGCAAAGAAGAGAUGCGCACAUCGGGCCUGCCACAGCAGAAGGAAGUAACAUUCCAGGAGAGAAAAUGGAGUGAUUACAAAAGAACUGAACAUGAUCAGAUGAUCCCUAAAGAAACUGUAGCAGAAGAUUUCUUAUUAAACUACAGAUUAUUUUCAACUAGCACGUUGAUACUCUCAUCAUUGAAGGCCAUUAUAAGUAGGAUUUUCUUCAACUGGAUUGCUUUUGUAUGCUACAAAGUAAGGUUAAAAUUCAUUGUGUUUCUGGACAAAGUCAAAUUCUGACUUCUUGUAAUCUUUUUGGUAAAGAAAUGAUUUCCGUCUCUUCCACAUCAUAAAGACUUUGUGCACGAAAUGUAUUUCACUAGUGGCUUGUUCAUUGCAAAUGUCUGCAAGUACUCUGGAUUUUAUUUUGUUUUUUAUUUUAAAACUACCCUCUUUUUGCAAUACUCUGAUUUAGUCUGCCUUUACAUAAAGAAAGCAUGGUAUAUCAUACAGCAGUGGUACAUUGAAGGGUUAUGAUGCUGAGACUAUUGGUAACACAAUCAGGUUAUAUGUUUCAAAACAUUAGCCAAAGAAGAAGAUUCUGCAGGACUAGCGCAUUGACAUGAAAACAAAACAAGCCCCAUAUAGUCAUGAAGCACACUUAAUUUUGCUGAACAAUGAUACAGACAGUAUACAAAGCUGAAUAGUUCAGAAAUCCUGGAAGAACUUAGUAAUAAAAGUUUGAUAUUCCCUGGAGCAUGUAAGCUAACUGCCAGGCCAACCCUUCCACCAUCUCUACCCUCCAGUAGUGUUGCAGUCCAACUCUUUCAUAGAGACUUCCUUCAAGGCUUGCUAUUCGUUCAAUAUUGCUACCUUUUCUCAUAUUUAGGUUUCUCCCAAUUGCCUCACUCUGAUAGAAUCACUACAUCUGCAGAGAGGAGUAGGAUAUUUUAGAGACAGUGUGAACAUUCUAAUAUACUAAAUGUCAACCAGACACACAUACAGAAAUAGAAAUCAUCCAUCUUUGCUAGGGCACAGCCAACCUUUUAUUCCAGAACUCCUAUCACCUCGCUCAGAGGAAUAGACCAUGAGCAUUCUCAUCUCCCAAUGGCUAAUUAAAUAUAAGAUGACUAAUUUGCACAGAAAAAUGUGGAGUUUCAUGAGAGGAAACACCAUGUUAUAAGUUAUAAAUAUCAAAACCACUUUUAAAAUAUCAUCAUGGAAUUGAGCAGCACAGAAAUAGGCCAUCCAGUCCACUGAUAUGACAGUGAUCAUCAAAGUGUCAUUUUUACAAUAAUCCUACUUUUCUUCAAUCUCUCCCCCUUGUUCCACCAUUGACCAACACAGAGUAACAGAGUUCAGGAUGGUGCAUAUGAGCUUGAUUUCAAAGUUUAAGAAAAGUUUGGAUAGAUACAUGGAUAGUAGAGAUGUGAUGGCUAUGAUCUCAUUGUAGGUCACUGGAACUAGGCAGUUUAAAUUGUUCAGCAUCGACUAGAUCAGCCAAAAGGCCUAUUUCUGUGCUGUAUAGUUCUAUGAACUUGGGUUCAUAGCUGGAGCUACAAUGGAGCAGAUCUACUAUACGUUCUAAUUCCAGAUUAGUCUUACCCUGUGAACUUCUAAAUCCACUUUUAUAAGAAUCCAAUUUGUUCUCAAGGUUGUGUAGCAUGUACAGGUUUAGUUUACAUAUUUCCUGAGGGACAUUCAACAUAAAAUGUUUGUUCCAGAUAACUAAAAGCAAAAUGGAAGAGUAAAACACCUUAAUUUCCCUUUCCAUCUGGUUUUCAACAAUAAUAGCAGCUAAUCUUACCUGGAGAGUACACUUGUUACCAUGAUUUCACUUCCUCCUCUACAUUCUUCCAACCCUUGCAUUCUGUAAUGGAAAGAUCUAUGACCUGAUACUUUAAACACUUCCUCAUUGUGCUUCUCAUUUUGGACAAUUAAAGCAGAAUUAACUCAAUGCUUACCUGAGUACAAUGAAAUGCAAAAGACCUGGU